UUUUCAACUCAAGGCAAAUAAAUCAACAUCUAUCAUAACCUAGAGAAAUCAUUUAAUUUCAAGCAUUAUUUCCAAGUUCAAACCCCUUUCUGCAGGAUGUUUCGGAAUCAGUACGACAGCGAUACGACGGUGUGGAGUCCACAGGGUCGUCUCUUCCAGGUGGAGUACGCCAUGGAGGCGGUGAAGCAGGGAGCGGCCACCGUGGGACUGAAGAGCGCUGACUAUGCGGCGCUCAUCGCCCUGUGCCGCAAUACCAAGGACACGGACACGCUCCAGAGGAAGAUCAUGCCGGUGGACUCGCACGUGGGCAUGUCCAUCGCCGGACUGACGGCAGAUGCUCGCCAGGUGUGCCAGUACAUGCGGACGGAGUGCAUGGCCUUCCGGCACUCCUACGACUCGGAGUUUCCGGUCCGCCGUUUGGUUGCCAAUCUGGGCAACAAGAUGCAGGCCACCACCCAGCGAUACGAUCGUCGGCCCUAUGGAGUGGGCAUGCUGGUGGCCGGCUACGAUGAGCAGGGACCCCACAUUUACCAGGUAAUGCCGACAGCCAAUGUCUUCAGUUGCAAGGCCAUGGCCAUUGGAUCCCGAUCGCAGAGUGCGCGCACCUACUUGGAGCGGAACAUGGAGAGUUUCGAGGGCUGCGGCAGGGAUGAGCUGAUCUGUCACGGAAUACAGGCCAUUCGGGGAUCUUUGGGCCACGGUGAUACCGAAAACCUCACCAUUAAUGUGGCCAUUGUGGGCAAGGGCGAACCCUUCAAAAUAUUUACAGAUGCCGAGAACCAGACCUAUCUGAAUAUGGUCAAGGACUUGGAACCUCCUUUGUUAGGGGAGCAGGAUGCUCUGUCGGAGAAUGGAAUGAGCGAGGAUGACUUGAUGGGCCAGGGACAGAGUGGCAGUGGUAUGCCGGCCAAUAGUGCCAGUGAUGUUGACACCAACGCCUCCACAGGUGGCCAUGAGGCACGUUGAUUAAGGGGAAACCUUUGGGAGUAUACAAAAUUUAUUGUUUCGUUUGAAGUGUUAUUAAAGU